GCCGCUGAGGAGGACAGAAAUGUCUCGGCUGGAGGGAGAGAAGCUGAUCAGGCUGAUCAUCGCGGACGUGGUGCGGGAGUGUGCGGUGAGGGGACACGGCGUGUCCGACAGCCUGGCGGCUUUCAUGGUGAAAGCUGUGGUCCUCGACCCCAGAAAUGGCUUCAAUGUGGACCGAACCCUGACCAAGCAGGACGUCCAGAAACUGGAAGAGCUGUGUCUGGAUAAACUCCUGAAGAAAUGCAGUCCGUCCCUGGACACCAUCAAGAUGCAGGUCUACUUCAACAUGACCUACACCUCCAGACGAGGCUUCCUGGAGGAGGCGGAGCGAGCCGGGCGCUCCACGCUGAGCGCUCUGAGACGAGGGAUCACGGAGAGCCGGGUCAACAGCAGGGAGCAGCUCCAGGCCGCCUACCGGGACAUGGUCCGCUACACCCUGCUGCAGUCCGGCCUGGGCUCGGCGUCCGACCCCAGGGCCGUCCAGGAGGCCACAGCUGCCCUGCAGAGCAUCUUCCCUCAGAGCAAACUGGGAGUCUUCAUGGUGCUGUCGAGGCGGGAGAAGGAGCAGCAGCUGGACGAGCUGAGCAGGACCGUCACGGGCAUCCGGCUCUUCAACCAGGCCAGCGUCAAGGGAGAGCAGCAGCUGCACGCCCACCAACUGAUGCCUGCAGCGGUGAGGGACGCUCUGUCGGUCACCUCCGGCAGCGUGGCCAGCGUCCUCAGCGAGACUCAGAGGUUGUCGUGGCGAUACACGGCGGCGCUGGAGAGGCUGACCGGGCCGGACUCGGGGCCUGGACCGUGCGAGGCGCCGCUGGGCCUGCUGAAACAGGCCCUGUACAACCUGAGGCAGCACCAGCACUUCCUGAACAUCCUGCAGGCCGACACUCAGGCGUGUGUCCAGCACGCUGCGGUCCUGGAGGCCGAGCUGUCGUCCCUCGUGGAGCAGCUGAAGCAGGCCGUGCGGUCCAGGACGGCCGUGCCCACCACUCUGGUGUCUCCGCUCUUCCAGAGCCUGUCCGAGGUGUGGGGAAAGCUCCGGGACGAGGCGGAGCUGCUGAACACCCUCAACAGCCUCAGCGCCAGUCUGCAGCCCUUCCUGGACUCUCAGGCCAACAUGUUCCCCGAGGACUACCUGGACCGCCUGCUGGACGGAGCGGAGUUGCAGACAGACGAGCAGAGGACGAGCCGGUCUGCAGAUGAGCGCGUUGACCCGGCUGAGAUGAAGAUGCGUGAUGAAGACGAGUGGCUCUGGCCUGAGGCCGCUGACUUCAGCCGGCUGCCGCUGCAGUACAGUGGAUUCUGUGGAUUCACUCUGGUGGACCGGGAUGGCCUCCUCCUCCCAGGAAACCCGAACAUCGGAGUCCUGAAACACAAAGAGAAGCUCUACGUCUUCAGCUCCAAACGAGCCGCCGUGCAGUUCUCCUCCGACCCGGACGCCUUCGCCUCAGAGGUGGCAGAGAGAGCCAAGCGCUCCCCUGAGCUCAUCCAGCUGCUCCAGCUCCACCAGGACCUCUCUGCCGCCGCUCCGCCCGCCCAGAUGCAGCCAGGUCAGAGGUUUCUGGAGAAGUCCAUCACCAAGAGAGACAGCGGUGCUCAGACGGAACUCCACCCUGUGGUGACCAACAUAGACGCGUCCUACGAGUGGAAUGAGUGGGAGCUUCGCCGCAAAGCUCUCCGACUGGCCGACCUGAGGACCAAAGUGACUCAUUCCACACAGACAGGCCGGAGCCACAUGAGGCGGGAGAACGCCAGUCAGACCUGGCUCCCCAAGGACGCCGCCUGCCAGACCAAGAGGGACGGCCAGAGCGGCGUGCCCACGCCCCAGGUCUACCUGGCCGGGCUGAGGGGACAGAGACACGGUCAGCUGGUCAAAACUGACCUGACCAGACCCGUCAGCCCGCAGUGA